AUGGCUGUCCGCGCGCAAUUCGAGAACUCCAACGAGGUCGGCGUCUUCUCCUGCCUGACAAACGCCUACGCCAUUGUCGCCGUUGGUGGAUCUGAGAACUUCUACAGCGUUUUCGAGUCCGAACUCCAAGAUGUCAUUCCCAUCUGUCAUGCCACCAUCGCCGGCACCCGAAUUGUCGGCCGUCUCGUCGUCGGUAACCGCAAAGGACUUCUCGUGCCCACCACAACCACAGACCAAGAACUGCAACAUCUGCGCAAUACACUGCCGGACACGGUGAAAAUUCAACGGAUAGAAGAGCGUCUCUCGGCGCUCGGUAACGUCAUCUGCUGCAAUGACCAUGUCGCAAUCGUGCACCCCGAUCUGGAGCGUGAGACCGAGGAGAUCAUCGCCGAUGUUCUCGGUGUAGAAGUCUUCCGUCAAACAGUCGCCGAUAACGUCCUAACGGGCUCGUACAUGGCUCUCUCCAACCAAGGUGGUAUCGUGCACCCCAAGACCUCCAUCCGGGACCAGGAUGAGCUUUCCUCCCUGCUGCAGGUCCCUCUUGUCGCUGGUAGUGUGAACCGUGGAUCGGCUGUCGUUGGUGCCGGUAUGGUUGUGAACGACUGGCUUGCCAUCACGGGUCUGGACACCACUGCUACGGAACUGAGCGUUGUGGAGUCUGUGUUCCGUCUCGGUGAGAUGGGUCCUGGCGGUGCCGGUGCCGCUGGUGUGAAUAAGGACAGCAUUGUCGAGAGUUUCUACUAG